CAUUCAAAUACAUUAAUUCUCUCCUGUCCUCAAGGCUCAAACCUUCAGCUGGCUGUCUUUAGCUCGCUAGCGGCAUCUGGAAUCUUUUCGCGGUGAAAACCCAAUUCUGAACCUGUUGUUAGCUAGCUAUGCCUUUUUAAAAUGCUGUUGUUGUCGCUGUCAGGUCGAUGGCUAACUGGCUAGCAAAACAGCUAGCUAAGGUUCAGCACUGGUUCAUCACCGACCGGCGAAAAGGAACCGAAGAAGGCUAUGGAUUAACAGUAUAACGGUACUUGAGUGCCCUGUCCAGACUAAACAGUACAAGCCAAAUAUAUCGAAAGAACCAGAUAAUUGUUGAAGAAGUUCUGUUAAUUAAUUGGUCGUUGGCACCACAGUCGUUCCCACCAUGGUGCAGAAGUAUCAGUCACCCAUCAGGGUGUACAAGCAGCCCUUUGAGCUGGUGAUGGAGGCCUACGAGAGGCGAUUCCCCACGUGUCACCUGAUUCCCAUGUUUGUGGACAGCGAGGUGUUGGAGGAAACUAAGAGCGAGGACGGCUCCUUACACCAGGUCCAGCGCCGCUGCAAACUGGACGUGGACGCCCCUCGCCUCCUCAAGCGGAUUGCGGGGGUGGACUAUGUGUACUUCAGCCAGGAGAACACUCUGAACAAGAGAGAAAGGACGCUCCACAUCGAGUCCCACAACGAGACCUUCUCCAACAGAGUCAUCAUCCACGAACUCUGCAGCUACUCGGCCCACCCUGAGAAUGACGACUGGACGUGUUUCGAGCAGUCGGCCAGCCUGGACAUCAAGUCCUUCUUCGGCUUCGAGAGCACGGUGGAGAAGAUAGCCAUGAAGCAGUACGCCAGCAGUAUCAAGAAGGGUAAGGAGAUCAUAGAGUUCUACUUAAACCAGCUAGAGGAAGAGGGGAUAACCCACGUGCCCCGCUGGACUCCCUCCCUGGAUGCUCCCUCCUCCUCCAUCACCACCAAACCCAUCUGUGCCACCCCAAAGGUCCUCCACCUGGAGCUCCCUGUCACUCCCGCCGUCUCAAUCCCUGUGUCUACUGAUGCCAAUCACCAUGAGAUUGCCAAUGCCAGCAAUAAUGAUGCCAACCAAAGUGAUGCCACCAGCAACGAUGCCAAUAGCCAGCCUGACAACCAGACAGAGAACCAGACGGGCACACCUGAUGACAAGUUGGAUGCAGACUACAUCAAGCGCUACUUGGGAGACCUGACGCCUCUGCAGGAGAGCUGUCUGAUCCGACUACGCCAAUGGCUGCAAGAGAGCCACAAGGGCAAGACCCUUGCCCUCACUCCCUCCUCUCCCUCCUCGCCACCUUUCCAGAUCCCUAAGGACGAGCACAUCCUUCGUUUCCUGCGGGCCAGGGACUUUAACAUGGAGAAGGCCAGGGAGAUCCUGUGUCAGUCCUUAACAUGGAGGAAACAGCACCAGGUGGACUAUCUGUUAGAGACAUGGACGUCACCACAGGUCCUCAACGACUACUACACUGGAGGGUGGCACCACCAUGAUAAAGAGGGUCGUCCUCUCUAUAUCCUGCGUCUGGGACAGAUGGACACCAAGGGGCUGGUCCGAGCCCUGGGGGAGGAGUCUCUACUCAGACAUGUUCUAUCCAUAAACGAGGAGGGCCUCAGGCGCUGUGAGGAGAACACCAAAGUCUUCGGCCGACCAAUCAGUUGUUGGACGUGUCUGGUGGACCUCGAAGGGUUAAACAUGCGCCACCUGUGGCGACCGGGGGUUAAGGCCCUUCUGAGGAUCAUUGAGGUGGUGGAGGCCAACUACCCAGAGACCCUGGGACGUCUGCUCAUACUGAGGGCUCCUAGAGUCUUCCCUGUGCUCUGGACCCUGGUGAGCCCAUUUAUCGAUGAGAACACCCGUAAGAAGUUCCUGAUCUACGCCGGUAAUGACUACCAGGGCCCUGGCGGCCUGCUGGACUACAUAGACAAGGAGGUCAUCCCUGACUUCCUGGGAGGAGAGUGUAUGUGUGAAGUCCCAGAGGGAGGCCUGGUGCCCAAGUCUCUGUACCGUACUGCAGAGGAGCUGGAGAACGAAGACAUCAGCCUGUGGACAGAGACUAUCUACCAGAGUGCCAGCGUCUUUAAGGGAGCACCCCACGAGGUGGGGAUCGAGAUCAUCGACGCCUCCUCUGUGAUCACCUGGGACUUUGACGUGUGUAAGGGCGACGUGGUCUUCCACAUCUACCACUCCAAGCGCGCCCCCCAACCCCCCCGCAAGGACCCCCUAGUGGGGCAACACAGCAGCAUCACCACCCCCGGGGGGAACAACGUCCAGCUCAUAGACAAGUCCUGGACCUUAGGCCGGGACUACAGCAUGGUGGAGUCACCACUCACCUGCAAGGAGGGGGAAAGCGUGCAGGGCUCCCACGUGACCAGAUGGCCAGGGUUCUACAUCCUCCAGUGGAGGUUCCACACCAUGCCGGGCAGCGCUUCCACCAACCUGCCCCGCGUGGACGACGUCCUCGCCUCCCUGCAGGUCUCCUCACACAAGUGCAAAGUCAUGUACUACACAGAGGUCAUUGGCUCCGAGGACUUCAGAGCGGCUUGCUUUGAUGUUCAAAGUUUGGGCUCUAUGACCAGUUUGGAGUCGAGUCACAGUGGUUUCUCCCAGCUCAGCCACGCCACCUCCUCCUCUAACCACUCCCAGUCCAGCUCCAUGAUCUCCAGGUAGAGGACCACAACUCCUGCCAAGGACUACAAUUCUCCCUCUGCUGGAUUAAAAGGCCCAGCUCCUCCAGCCUUCAGUCCACACUUUCCACCCUAACCACCUGAAACCUGUACUACUAUUAGUCAGUCACAAUGUGGAACUGAAGCAUGCUUGCACAACAGAGGAUAAAGAAGAUGUCGGCGGUUGAAAAACUGAAAACAAAGACUUGUGAUUUAAAGGGCUCAGUUUUUCUUGCAGAAGGCCAUGUAUAUUUCUUCCCAGCUUUCUGCUGGGCUGCUGAACAGAACGUUGGCAGAAUGUUUUUGGCUUGCUGAGACUUUGGUAGGUGUGGGAAGUGUCACACCCAUGGAGCGCAAUGCCGGGUCAAGCAAUUGUCACACUCUUAAGGAGUUGUGGGACCGGAUAAAAAAUGGAUGCACCGUUACAUAUACAGUGGGGGAAAAAAGUAUUUAGUCAGCCACCA